UGCUCUUGAGCCAAAAUUGGACCUUUGGGCAUACGACACCAUUCUACCAAGCAUCUAAAUGCGAAUGUGCCUUAUGACAAGCUCAUAUGCAGAAAGACCUCUUUAACGACCGACCGCCUGAAUUUGGCUUCAAUCGUCCAAAUUCCUGUUGUGUAUAGUUGAAAAACCUAUAUGUCGGUCCAUUCCUCAGCACCUCUUCCCAAUCGAGCUGUUAGCAGCCUUCGAUCACGACAACAGCCCAUAGCAGAGUACCAACCUCUGGAUUUCGAUCGUGAAGCAUCUCAAGCAGCAUAUCAAGAGUGUCUGCAUAAUGAAAAUGCUGCCAGUAUCGCCAACUUGGGGGCGAACACAGCCAGGUCUACGUCCACCGCAGUGUCAAACGGCACCAACUUACCCUCCAGCCAGGCAACAAUAUCAGAAAAACAAGCAGGCAUGUCAUCUGCUUCAUCAGACUACAAACCCAAUGAGAAGACCACAAACUUAACCGGAGCUGGAAGGAACUAUCAAGCCCAACCACAAGAGACAGCGGCACCCCUUGAAAAGAGUGGACGACCUUCUAUCGUCUCGCCUGUGGCCGGCUCGUCGGCGCCACCUCUUCCCCCUAGAGAAGCCAUACCGCAGGUGAACAAUAGUGGCCCAACACCAGGCGAUCUAGCGCGCCCUCCUUCUUACCCAGGAAAGAAUCUCCAGACUGUGGACGAGGAAGAUAGAGGGAAAGGAAAAAGGAAAGCUUUGCCUCCGGUGCCUGCGGAUGUACCGACGCAAGAGCCAGCGCCAUGGCAGCCUGACUACAAACCUCAAAUACCAGAGUCUUUGAUUGCCCCCUCUGUCCAACAUGCCUACACAAGCCUCUCAGCCCCGCCUCCUAAUAUUCAACAACGAAACAAACCUCCAGUGAAUAUGCCCCAACCUGUGGGUUACAUGACCGCCUCCGCUGGUGUACCUAGCUCCUCCAAGCCCGCGCCUCGACCUGCCAGUAUAAGGACUGGGAGCCAGACAGGUGGACAGCUCACAGCUGAGCCGGUUACCUUAUCCCCUACUGGCUCUGUGCCCUCUCCGUCUUCCUCUCCACCCCCUCGCCCCCGACCCGAAGCCGAAACUCAAGUGACUAUCAAAGCUCCGGACAAGACCCCCAUCUGGUCUACACAUUAUCUUGACCCCUGUCUACGCUCCACCGUUAUACAUGUGCCGCACCAGAUAUCCAACAUUGCGAAUGUCGCUCUCAGUGGUUUGGCCAGCGGACCAAAAGAAAUGUUUAACACAACUAUCGGUGCUCCGAUAGAUGGGUUGGCCAGGGAGGUCAAGGGGUGGACAAUAGGGGCCGAUGGGAAAUUCUCAACAGAGGAAGGUGGUAUUGAAUUGGGAAUUGGGGUCAUCAGGAGUGGCCGGGUGGAGGGAGAGGGGGGUAAAGAGGGAAAGGAAAAGGGCAAGGAUAAGGGGAGGAAGAUAGCUCGAGUGGAAGUCAACAGCAAAAAGGGAGGCGUCAAAGUUGAUGUUGUUGAGAUUGAUAGGCACAGACAGAUCGAUCUCCGGGUGGAAACAAAGUCGGGCGAUGUUUUGGUCCUGCUUCCCGAAAACUUUCUAGGUCCUAUACACAUCACCUCCCCCCAGUGUCCAACAUAUUUGCCUAUCAUCUCUCCUCUCAUCAAACCCACCGUUAACCCUUACGCCAACUUCUAUACCACGUACAUGGUACCCCUUGCUCUUGCGCGUGAUCCAAAACAUUCGUCCUCCCGAGAGUAUACAACCGCCAAAAACAUUGAGAAAUACGUGCCGAAAUCCUUCAGAGAGGAGAAUGAUAUCCUUGAUCAGGUCACAGGUGGAUACACGAGCCAUGUGAGAAAAUCUUGGAGUAAGCUGAACAUCAAGACCGAAAAAGGGAGGGUUGUUGUAGGUAUGCGGGAGAGUAAAGACGAAGAAGUUGUCAAGGAACUAGGGUUGAGGGUCGGUAGGAUCGACGGUGUCAAGAAGGAUAAGAAAUGGUGGAAGUUGUAGGGAUUAUGAUUUUGGAGAGUUGCGACCUAUCGCCCGUUGGGUUCAUCUUGCAUAUGUAGUUUUGUCCUUGCUCCUCCUGAUGUUGUUGACAUGCUAU